AUGCUGAAGGAGAUCCAGGUGUGCUUGUGCAUCACCUUUUUGUCUGCAUUUGGAAUAUUUUAUGAGCUGUACCAGGCACCAGGUUGCUUCUUUUCCUGCAACCCUAUUUCCAAACAGGUCAUGACACCUGAAGAUGUCAUGACCGAGGGCAGAAGCAUCGUCUUUCUGGAGACAACUGACCAUUUACAGCCUCGUCCACUGGUUUUAUGUUCUGUGGAAUCUGCUGCCAGAAUCUAUCCGGAGAGGCCUGUGAUUUUCUUUAUGAAAGGGCUGGGCAAUAACACAAUAGCAGAUCUCAAGUCUUGUUGCCCAUCACUUGCUCUCUUAUCUGCUAUGAAAAAUGUCUUCCUUUUCCCCCUUCAGAUGGACAUUUUGUUCCAGGAUACACCCCUACUCCCAUGGUACCUUAAGGUCAAUGCAACACAGGAGAAGAAUUGGGUCUAUAUUAUCUCAGAUGCAAUCAGGCUUGCAGUGGUAUGGAAAUAUGGUGGAAUUUAUAUGGACACAGAUGUCAUUUCCAUCAGACCCAUCCCAGUGGCCAGUUUCCUGGCAGCCCAGUCUUCCCAGUUCUCCAGCAAUGGGAUCCUUGGAUUUCAACAUCGUGAUAAGUUCCUCUGGGAUUGCAUGAUAGAUUUUGUUCAGCACUAUAAUGGAAACAGCUGGGGAAAUCAGGGACCUUAUCUGGUCACAAGGGUGCUAAAAAGGCUAUGCAAUCUCACCAAUUUUGAGAACGUGAUAGAUCAGAGAUGCCACAACAUUUCCUUCUUGCACCCGAUACGCUUCUAUCCCAUCCCCUAUCCCAACUGGAUGGCGUAUUACAAGGUGUGGGACUCAAGGCCAGAAUUCAAUGACUCCUAUGCUUUGCACUUGUGGAACUACAUGAACAAUCAACAGAAGGAGGUGACCAUUGGUAGUAAUACACUAGUGGAAAACCUGUUCAAAACAUAUUGUCCUACUACCUACCGGAGUCUUGUUCAAUCUGCACAAGAAAGUGAACAGAUGUCUCAAAAUAAAACUAGGUGA